GCCGCGAUCACCGCGGAAGAGCGGAAGCAGACGCCCGCCGCCGGAAGUGUCGUGUUCACAGAAACACUCAUCAGCAUUUCACUUCCAAGCGUUCAGAAUCAAACGCGAAUUAAAACCAGGAGAAUCGGAAGAUAUGGCGCAUUUAACGACAAACCCGGCGGAGAAAGAGCGGUUUAUGUGCAUCUAUCCGUCAUACAUCAACAGUAAAAAGACAAUAGCAGAAGGCAGAAGAAUACCUGCAGAGAAGGCUGUGGAGAACCCGUCGUGUGUUGAGAUCCGGGACGUUCUCACCGCCGCUGGAGUCAAUGUUCUGGUGGAGAACAAGAUGUAUCCGCGCGAGUGGAACCGAGACGUUCAGUUCAGAGGAAGAGUGCGGAUUCAGCUCAAACUCGAGGAUGGAAGUCUGUGCCAAGACAAGUUUGCAUCUAGGAAAGAUGUGAUGUUUUAUGUGGCGGAGAUGAUCCCGAAACUGAAGAGCAGAACGCAGAAGAGCGGCGGAGCCGAGGCCGGAUCGCAGCAGGGAGAAGGAGGCAAGAAAGGGAAGAAGAAGAAGAAGUAGAUGACUUGUUUGUAAAACGGCUCUGUUUUGGUUUCUCUUUGACUGAUGGCGUCUGUAUUGUUUUCAUUAUGAACACUCGCUGGCACCCCAUGGACUUUCAUUUGAGCGCCAGAUUGUUGUUUAGUUUGUAAUAUUCGAUGACCUCUGACACUUCCAACAGCGAGGCAGAGGUGUUUGUGUUAAUUAUUGAUGAUGGAUUGUGUUUAAACGAGCGCUGACAGAGCUUGACAUACACGGGCGGCUCGUAUGACGGCGUCUGUCAGUGCUUCUAGGUGCGAGGAUCGGUGUUUUGACGCGGCUGUGAAAUGCCGGCGCUCGUGUCCUUCAUCGCACCUGUUCACGGCGGCCAGAUCCUCUAUGUUUCCAUCGCUCUGAAUGUGUGAAAUAAAGAGAGCGGAGCAGCA